GAAGGAAUCUUGCCAUUUUAUAUGAACCGCCACCAUAUUACCUACUCUAGUAAAAUACGAAUCCUAAACCUUGACUUGACAGGACUCAAUGUCGAUGGCUUGAAGAAGGUGAUCCAAGUCUUGCGAUCUCUUGUGCCGAUUUCUGCUUCGCGAUUACAAGAUCCAUUUUCCUUCUGUAUUACAGUCCGUACAGCAGAUUACCUUGGAUCUGUUCAUGCCGUGUACCCCGUGUAUGACUGAAACGGCAGACAAUCUAUUUGGAAUGGCAUGGUUGAUUUCAUAGGAUAUCACAAGAAUUGUUCAGUUCCCAGUUUCCUCUAGCAAUCUUGAUUAAAAAAUCUCUCAUUCCAACCGGACCGAAAAAGAAAUGGAGAAUAAUCAGUCAGGUCAAGCUCAGGACGGCAUGGCCGAUCAAAGAUUUCGCAGCUGGCUAACAGAACAACUUAAUAUGCAGCAGCAGAAUGCCGGUUGUUCUUCCAACCCAGCACCAGCAGUAAUGCAGAUGCCAGCUCUGCCAUCUCACACAGAUUAUGGUGGCAUAUAUCCCAACCCAACUGAAUAUGAUGGCUACAACUGGAGGAUGUGUGGGCAGAAAUUAGUUCAGGGUGGGUGCCAUCAGAAAUUCUACUAUGAAUGUUCUCAAGCAAACUGCGGUGCCGAGAAAUCCGUGACGCGCUCCGCAGAUGGACAGAUCAAGAAAACAGUAUGUAAGGGCAGUCACAACCAUCCACGCUCAUCAGAAAGGGUGUUUGGAGAUGGUUCAGCUACUCUGGAUGCAAUCCUUGUAGGUGAGAUAUUACAAGCAGCAGGGGUUAUCAGGCCUUCAGUUGCAAUGCCUAGGAAUGAGGAGGAAGAUGGGCUACAAUCUGGUUCGAGUGACAGCGGGGAUGAUGAUGCUAGUGAAGCAAGAGCUGCUGGUGAUGACAAUGCAAUAAGACAUGUUCCUGCAGCUGCAGCUCAAGAUACCACCGCGCAUAACACAAUUGACGUUGAUGUUCUGGGUAACAGCUCUCAGCAGCGUAAGAAUUAUCACCGAAGUGAAAAAAGAAAAUCCAAAUCCAAGGUAUGGGAAGACUUCACUGCUGUGUUCAGUGGUGGAAAAGUUCAAAGUGCAGAAUGUAAACAUUGUAAAAAAUGCCUCAGUGGAAAAACUUCAGGAGGAACAAGCCAUCUGCGCCGACAUCUCAAGAUAUGUCCUGCACAAUUUAGAACGACUAGACUGCAGCAAGAAGGGUCAUCUUCAAUACUUGAUUCAUCUGCUGCAAAUAACAGGAAAUUUGAUCAAGAAACAUCUCUUGAAUUGCUUAUUAGGGGUUUAGUCUCCAACCAUUGCUCAUAUUUAGUGCCAAGCAGUGCAAAUUUUAGGCAGUUUUUGGUUGCCAUCUGUCCUGAUUAUAAUAUGGUGCCGCAGGCUGCUUUUGAAGAGAAGUUCCUCAGCUUUUUUCAUAAUGAAAAGAUGAAGCUAAAAGAGAAAAUAGAACUUACACCUGGAGGAGUUUUCCUGUCGGUAACAAAGCAGUACGUCGAGUUUAAAACCUUCGUCUGUAUCACAGUACAUUUUAUUGACAACGAGUGGAAGAUGAAUAGAAAAAUCAUUAGCUACGGCUAUGGCGGAUACCCUGAUGGUGCUGAUUACUAUGUGGGUAUUCUGACCAACUGGAAAUCCUACUUGGAUAUAAGAGAUUCGUUAGACUAUAAUUUUGAGGAAAUUGAUAGUUCUCUAAUAAAAGAAGCAGUCCAAGAUUGGAAUCUUGAGCAUAAACUUUUAGGACUUGCAUUGCACAAGAAUUUCCGUAAUAAUGUUACAUCUGACUUGGAGGAGUGUAUGGCAGGAGAAGUACAGAAUUAUCUUCUUGCUAAAUAUAAGUUAUUAACUGUGCCUUGUAUGAUAGAUGCGCUUCACGACUUUUUUGGUUACGAUGUCGGAAAUUUUGUCAAGGAAAUAAGUAAGGAAUGGUUUGAGUACAUGACAUGCUCUGCACUUUGUCUGGAAAAAUACAAGGAGAUUCUUUCGCGGAUGCACCUAAACAAACCGUCUCUUGGUUCACAGAAAUGGCACUUGACUUUCUACUUAUUUGAGGCUGCUUUGCAGUUUAAUAAAGAGUUCCCAAACCCUGAAGAGAUGGACUCGCAAAUGGAUAUACGGAAACCGUCUCCUCAAAGACUAGAAGCAACGAAAAACUUUUGUGAUCUUGUAAGGCCAAUUUACCAUGCAAUUGAUCUACUUUCCAGACAAUACGUGACUUCCAACUCACAUUUUCAUGCACUUUGGAGGGUGGGUAUAGCUCUUGGAGAAUCAUCCAGAAAAUUAAACAUGAAAUGCAUCAUUAAUGUUGAUUAUAUGAAGAAAAGAUUUGACAUCCUUUGGAGAAAAUGCUACGUGUGGUUGUCUCUGGCUGUUUUUCUAGAUCCCAGGUUCAAACUAAGGUAUCUUGAGCAGUGCUUCACACAAGUUUCCAGUAGUGGUUGUGCCAAAUUGUUCGUCCUUGAAGUUCGUGCAAAGAUUUAUGAGCUCUUUCUUCAAUACUCCUGUAAUGUUGAUUGGCAAACUGGUGAGCUACUUAAUCACAGGAGUAAUGAUCUACAGAUGGAUAGACACGGUAAUGAUUCAUUACAUGGAACAGAUAAGAAUGACAUUGAGCAAGGAUCAAAUGGAGAAUUCAGAGAACUAACUUCGUACAUUGAGGGGGAACUUUAUCCUCAGAAUGACCAAUUUGAUAUCCUGAAAUGGUGGAAGGAUAAUGCGUCAACGUAUCCAACUCUUGCUAGGCUUGCACGCGACAUUUUAGCAAUACCUGGAAGUGCAGUUUCUGCUGAAUAUGCUUUUAACAAAACUGGUGAAAGGGUGAUACUUUUCAAUCAAAAGAUGAGUCCCGAGAUAGUGGAAGCCCUCAUCUGCACUCAGGAUUGGAUAAAAUCAUCAGAGACAGGUGAUAAAAAUGGUGGAAGCUGAAAUAGUCCUAUGAUUAGUUUGCUAUCUUCAUUUCUGCAUACUCUCUGGAGAUUUUGCUGUCAAUUGAGCCUUCCACUUGGAUGAUUUGGAAGGAACGAAGUGCGCGGAUCUUUGAAAAUAUGAGCCGGCCACUGGUAUUGCUCUUUUCAGCUACAUACUUCUAUACUUGGUUUUGAGCCAAGAACUAUGUAAUAAGGGGCUUUAGCUUGUGUGUUGAAGCAAAGGCCAGAUUUUAUCCAUUGUCUAAGAAAAAAGAACUGUGGGUGUGGCGUGUCAUGAAGCUGCAUUCUCCCUCCUAGCUUGAGCCUUGGUAUCUUUUGUCGGAUUUGUAACAGUUUGGUCGUAGAGUUGCCGUGACCGUACGUAGUAGUCAAUGGCUACAAUAAACUUUGUUGUACCGUGGUUUCCAUGUUAUGGGCUCUUUCUCUUAAUAAAAUUUUAUCGGCCGGUUUUAUC